AUGGCACCGCGAAAGUCGACUAAACCCAAAACACCAAAAGUCACGUACGCUGAGCGUGUGUUGAAUGCCUAUCAUGCAUUGAAAAAGGAACGGCGUGUAGGGAAUAUUCAUUUGGCGGGCAUUCGAGCACAAGUCAAGAGGACUGCAGAAGAGAAAGGCGAGCAGCUAGGCCCUAAUUGGUCUCACUGGGUAUCCAAGGCAGUCGAUAAGCUGACAGAAGAUGGCAUACUUGGCAUGGGCAACCAACGUGUGUUCCUAACUCCCGAAGGAAAGAGCACAAUUGCUACUGCGAAACGCAGUGUCCGCCAUGUCGGCGACCCUGAAGAGCGCGUUUUCAAGCAGGUUGCGAGCAUCGCUGCUUCAAAGCGACGUUACUCCGUGUCUGUUGCGCCGGGUGCUGCAUACUACGAUGAGGCCGCUACAUCCAUCUCGGCAGCUCGAGCUCCCAAGCGACCCAGGAGACAUACAGCGCACUAUUCUCAGGCACCCCUUCAAAGUACAAGGGCAAGGAACGCCAGGGCAACUGCUGUCAAUACUACGGAUGCAAACUCAGCUACGCCCGUCCGCCGCGGUCCCGGUCGUCCAUCCCGCAAAUCUACAGUUAGAAUUGCUGCCCCACUUGCUCAGUCCGAUCGCGAUGCCUCUCCAUUAACAGACAUCUCCGACCUUGAUGCCGAGUACGCUGAAAAUAAUGCUCAAUUGAGGGAGGCGUUGAGGCGAAGAGAUGAUGUGAUUUCGGGGUUGCAGCGUCGUUUGGAGGAGGCGGUCUCAAGUCGUCCGGUUGCCACUGCGGCGCCUCGGCCACGCGACGACGAUGACGACGACGAUGGAGACGGCGACGGGAAUGUCGCGACGGUGGCGGGCCAAACCAGAGCUUAUCGGCCGCCGACCACGACAGUCACUGAGCACCAGUUCUCUUCCCCUACCAUUCAGGAUAGACCAGGUCGUCCCCAGGCUAGAAACUUGGUUUCGAAGGGGUUGACUCGCACCCUGUCGGGUUCUGUUAUCCCUGACAUCAGCAAGCAGCCUACCCCAGCGCCGAGCGAGGGCGAACAUCAUACCGAUGAAGUCGAACAAGUCAAUAAUGCCUUGCCCUCUCCAGAGUCGAGCCCAAUCACCCACAUCCAGGAACUUCAGGACGACAUCGAGGUGGCGCGCGAUCUACUGAAUGAUAGAGUCGACCACGCGGAGACCGAAUUGGAGAAGGCCAAGGCGGCAUUCUCUGAUCGUAUCCAAGCUCUCGAGGAUGAGGUCCACUCCAGGGACACGAGGAUUGAAGAGCUGAAUCGGGAACUAGAGAAUGUGCGGGAGAAGGCAGCCCAUGCGACCUCGGAGCUCUCUAGCCACGCGAGCAAAAUCUCGGAUAUGGAACAAACUCUCCAAUCACUGCAAAAGGAAAACGAGUUCCUGAGGGAGCAGUUGCGGGUGCAUCGCGAGAGUGGCGCGUCUCUUGGGGAGCAGUUGAAUCAGAAGGAGGCACAGCUUCAGCAGGUGUACCGGGAGCUGGAAGAGUCCAGUUCGAAGGCGGAGGCUCUGGAGACGCGUUGUGAUUCUAAUGCCACCACCAUCGCCGAGUUGGAGGCCUCGGUAUCUGACGGACGACAGCAGCUCUUGGCAGCCCAAGAGAGGUGCGCCGAAUUGGAAUCGACUUCCAGGGGCAAGGACCAACAACUCGAUCUGCUCCAGUCCCAGUUGGUGUCGCUGAGUAACGAGUUGGACAGUCUCCGGAGUCAGGCACUAGACCGGCAAGAGGCACUGGCGAAAGCAACCGCUGACCUCGGGGAGGAGACAGAGCGACGCAUUCGUCGGGAUGACGAGUUGGCGACGAAGGAACGGGAGCUAAUCCAGGUCCGUCAAGAUUUGGACACGUCGUCAUCGGAAGUGGAACGUUUGGGCCUCGAAGUGGAACAACAAAAAGAUACGGUGCGAGAUUUGGAGUUGCAACUUGCCACAGCGACGGACAGCCUGCAAGCUCUGGAAGUUUCGAGGGUAGCCGAGGUGACCAGGCACGAAGAGGAGGAGAGGGUAUUAAAGGAUGCUAUAUCCCAGCUGGAGAGGACGAUUGGGGAGUUGCGGUUUGAUGUAGAAGAGUCGCAGAGAAAGUUGACAGUGACGGAGUUGGAAAGGGAGGAACUCAGAGCACAAGGUGUCGGCUUGCAGGCUGAUUUGUUGACUGCCCGCAUGGAGUUGGAGGGUGAAAAGCAACGAGGUGUCGCGUUGGAAUUGGAUUUGGGGAAUCAACUCGCCAAGACUCAAGAAGCGCAGGAUCAGCUGGCACGUGCAAUGAAGGGGAACGAGGCCCUCCAGGAAGAAAAUAAAGCCCUUCGCGCGUUGGUGGCGAAAUUCCAUGGCCUUGCGAUGGAACUCGAUACCCAGGCCAAAGCUAUCCCUCAAGCGCCCGUUUCCGUCGGCUGAAAAAUGGAUUCGUCCACAUUGGGAUCCUGACCCAUUUGAUUGUGAGAUUACCGGAGCGUACACCGCGACCCUUUCGCCUAUCUCGUGUUUGCGACGCUAUUGUAUAUGUGAUUCGAUCUUCAGUUAUGAUCUCUAUCUAAUCGUUCUGUAUGGAAUUCCGUUAUCUAUCGUACCCUGUUUUUGGGCUACCCUGUAGCAACCUGUUUCUCAAUGUGA